UGAACUUUGACACGUCAACUAACCCCUACAACCACCACUUUGUAAUAAAACUCGACCACAUCGGUCAUGUAAAUAUGCCGGUCAUGCCUUCUUACUACCUAUAUCUCAAAUCUGCAGGCACUUUGACAUUAGAAGCCACCUGCUCUGAUCGAAACUACCGUUUCUCAUAUUCAUAUCGUGCGGCAGUGACCCUUUCUUCCUUCUUUCUUCAAUAAUGAGUACUCGAGUUUGUGCUCAACUAGACAUUGGCGUGUUCGCCUUUUCACUUCCCCUCUCUCUUCCUCUCGUAACUUUGUAUCAGCCUUGAUCAUGGACUCGAAGCUGAAGCAUUUCAAGAAGAAGAACUUGUCGGCGUUCUUCGACUCCUGGAAUGAAACAGCCACGAGCGACAAGCAACACGUACAGGAGUAUGGCUCUUUUCCAACCCGCAAAGAUGACCUCUUUACGCACAAUAACGCCAAUCAGAUACCUGAAGGUUGCAGUCCUGGUCGUCGUCUCCGCUUGAUGGGAUCUAUCCGAAAGCUGAGGUCUAGUCUUGAUUUGAGCAGGAUUGUAGCUCAAGGUGACGCGAGUCCUGAUGCUUCACCAAGAUCAGUCAGGUCAAGAAACUCGCUACCACUCGGGUUCAACCUUUCACCGCCCACCAGGGUCUUGUCUGGUUCAGGAAGUUUCAGGUCGAGAUUUGGAAAUUCCAGUAUUACGCAUUCAUCGCCUAUCGCAGUGUCAGCUAGUACGAGAAUUGGCCCCGAUGUUGGCAAGAGUACGCCUCCUAGCACAAACACUUUCGAAGUAGGCACGGUGCCAGUAUCUCCUUCUCCUCUCACGGAACCAGCGGUACAGAAGUCUAUCAUCAUCAACGCUCGUCCCAACCCCUUCGCCCAUAGCUUGACUAACGGUACAUCGGUCGUGUCAAACGGUAAUUUGAGCUCCGUUCCACUGCCGCGAAAUAGUCUUCCUCUGGUCGAUGGGAAGACACCUGACAUUGUGCUGUCACCAGCAUCUCCGACCUCGGGGAAUCUUGAUUAUUUUUCUUUACCUGAUACGAAGUUGCAAAUCAGCGAUGAGUCGCCAAACACUGCGUGUAUCUUUGCGUCGCCUUUUGAUGGCAUGCCAGAGAAACCACCCGUAUGGCCACUUGCAGACAACUAUUCAGGAUCUUUCAAUCUACCACUCUCGAAAACAACACCUAUUUUGACUUCGAACGAGAAUCAUUAUGGGAAGAGCAGGCCGUUGGAUACUGGUGAUCAAAAGCAGUCGAGAAGAUAUGAAAGCUCACAGGUAUCAGAGGCCAACACCAUCGAGUCUUUGAGAAGAGAUGCCGAUGUCUCGGCGUAUCUUGCUCUGGAUGCUUUGCAUAACGAGUCACAUUUGUCUGCGACUGGAUCCAACGAUCAGGGUAACAGCCAUGAUGGAAUCUCUGGUAUCCCUGGCGCUUUGGAUAGACCUUUGCAGACCAUCGUUGGAGAGAAUAGUACGCAAGCAAGACUUUGUGUGCCCGAACCUACACGCAUAGCUGCACCGAAAUCGACAAUGUCUCAUGUUGGUGAUGAGAUUACCACUGCAGAUAUGGAGCAUAGUGGCAGCAGUGGAGAACAGGCGUCCAAAUCUGGUCCUGAAAGGGCAUUCGAUGAGUAUGUCUUCUCAAAGACUACAGGUCUCGUGAAGGUAUCUGAUCUCGUUAGCGCCGAUAGUAAGGAGCAGGAGGAGGCCCGACUACUGGAGGGAGGUGAAGAAGAUCCGGAAACUGAAAAAGAGGACGACGCAUUACACGACAUGAUUUUGUUGCACAGGGUCGUAAACAAUAGUCUCGGUGGAUGAUUACUUCGGGGUAGCAUCCAACCGAGCACCGAAGCGCAUCCCCACAAUAGUCACCGUGCAUCUGGGCCAGACCUCUUUGGGUGGACCCUUCGCUCAUAAAAACUUUCUAGGUAUUAUUGUUAACAUGGUUGGUUAAAAAAGAAUAAGUUUUGGCGGCAUGGAGCAGUUGUUGAGUGUUUUCUGGGUCACGUAUGAUGGGACUUGGAUCAAGUUUAGCG